GCCCGUCGGAGAGUUGAGUUUUCGAUGUUACGAGUGUUUUCGAAAGUCUUUUUCUCGACUCGACGAUCCGCGCCGGGCAUUUCAUUAAUUUUCAUUAUUUCGUUUGGCUGGCAUCGGUGAAAAUUCUGAAAGCGGAAAGACUGAGCCGUCUGGGAAUGGACUCCUGAAUAGAUGAUCACUGACCAAAAGGAAGGAAUAUACUAUUAAAAGGUGACGAAUUCGCAAAAGACUCUAUUGGGUGCACGGCGGAAUGUGUUCCACCUCGGUGCUAUGUCCGCUCUGCGCGGUGCCCAGUUUCGGGAGUAUUGACGCACUGCAGCAGAGGCUGAUCAAGGCCGCCAACGGCCCACUGGCCUGUCCUUUCGCCAACUGCAAGGAGCUCUUCCUGGGGCUGGACAAGCUCACCAUUCACCUCUUUUCGCACACCAGUCUGAUGAGCAGUGAUGAUUCAGCUACGAGCCCGGUUAAUGUCCAACCCGUUCCUCCCCUGGUUGCCGUGGCUGCUCCCAAAAGGAGGGUCAAGCGAGCGAAGGGCAAGCCCGUCCUCCCGGCCCAGCCAUUGCCACCUGCUCCCCAAACUCCUCCCGCCAAUUGUGACAUUUGCGAAUUCAGUUUCCGGAAUACCGAGCUAAGAGACAUGCACAUCCGGUUGGUGCACGAAAAUGCGGAAGGAGAGCAGAAACCCAAGGAACCAACACAGGAGGAGACGGAUCAAGAGCCCUACAAGUGCCACCUCUGCUCGAAGACUUUUCGCAUGAAGGGCUCCCUUCGAAUACACCUGAAAGUAGUGCACAUGAUGGGAGUGCCCUGCUCCAAUCCCAGUCCCGUAUCCCCCUCCACUGCGGUUAGCCCCUCGACCAAACUCAGCAUUUGCGAUCGCAUCCGGCACAAGGAGGCGGGAGCCAUUGGAAGCGCCAACUCAUCCUCCACCAGCACCCAGCCCUACGCCCUGAGAGGGGCACUCAGCAUGCUCCAGCAACCCCCCAGCUCACCGGAUUCGGUAACCGCCACGCCAAAGUUGUGGGAGUGCGAUGUGUGCACCAAGUCCUUCACCACCAAGUACUUCCUGAAGAAGCACAAGCGGCUGCACACUGGGGAGAUGCCGUACACGUGUGAGAUCUGCGCCAGGACCUUCACCUUUCAGCAGUCGUACCACAAGCAUUUGCUGUACCACAGCGAGGUGAAACCCCACGUCUGCGUAGUUUGUGGUCGAGCAUUCAAGGAGCUGUCCACGCUGCACAACCACCAGAGGAUCCACAGCGGAGAGAAGCCGUUCAAGUGCGAGGUGUGCGGCAAGUGUUUUCGACAGCGGGUGUCCUUUCUGGUUCACACGCGCAUCCACACGGGGGUGAUGCCGUACAAGUGCGAGCUCUGUCAAAAGACGUUUAGAUACAAGGUCAGUCAACGCACCCACCGAUGUCCCAACGAGGAAGGACAGACGCCGGAGCAGCUGAUCAAGGCCUUCUUGGAGAGCGACGAAUCGCCCACGCAGCCCUCGCCGGCGAGCGCCGAAAUAGCUGCCAUCAACAACGGCUUGAUGCCGGAUCCGGAACAGGAGGCGUUGCUCUCGCAGUCCAUUGACGACAUUGUGGUAGAGCAAUGCCAGAAACUGGGCAUCUGUGGCGUGGAGCCGAGGGAGGAACAAGGCCAUCUCGUAUGCUUGCAGCCGGUCGCUGUUGUGCAAUUCACCGGGAAUGGGUCCCCAUUGCAACAGCUCCAGAACUUGAGACUCUACUCACCUCAACAGAUGCCCAGUUCCGAUGGCGAAGUCUACCAACGCUUCCUGAUGGACGCCACGUAG